AAUUCGCCUUUUUACUAUAAUUGCUCUCAAAUGUCGGUGACACUUCGUUUCAGGUCCCGCGAAGGCACUUUCAGGGUAGCAGCAAAUCCGGAUGCUGAUUUUCUUCUUGUUCUAGAGCAGCUUCUCUCCAAGAUCUCCAUAGAAGAUGUACAAAACCUCUACCUUAGCGACAAACCCAAUUCCAAAGGCGAAUUGGCCAAUGGUCUCUGUGGAAAAACCGUAACAGAGUUGGGUUUGAAGAAUGGAGACAUGUUAUAUGCCAGCUACGAAGCUGCUACUGGAUCUAAUCCUGAUUCUACUACCAAUAUUACAACCUCUACUAAUAAUCAUAAUUCUGGAUCCAUUUCCAUCGGUCACAUUUCCAUUCCAACAACGACAUCAGGACCACGUAAAGUGACCCAAUUACCUGUAGACGAUGUUCUUGAGAAAGACGAAGGUUUGAUCAAGAGACCUCUUACCAAAUUCUGCAGACAUGGAGCUAAAGGCAUGUGCGAGUUCUGUUCGCCACUACCUCCAUGGGAUGCCAACUACCGUAAGGAAAAUGCCAUCAAGCACAUGUCGUACCACGCAUACUUGAAGGAACUCAACGAAUUGAAAAACAGUAAGCACAACUCGUCGUCGUAUAUCGCACCUUUGGAAGAGCCUAACUAUUCUAUCUUAUUGAAUUGUAAUGAGGGCCACCAGCCCUAUCCAAAGGGAAUUUGUUCUAAAUGUCAGCCUCCUCCGAUCACAUUACAAUUGCAGAAAUUUAGAAUGGUGGAUCACGUAGAAUUUGCCACCUCUUCCAUCAUGAACAACUUCAUCGACGUAUGGAGACACACAGGCGUUCAAAGAUUUGGGGUGAUGUACGGCAGAUAUGAACCUUUUGACAAAGUUCCUUUAGGAAUUAAAGCUGUAGUCGAAGCCAUCUACGAACCUCCCCAAUCUGGCGAGUUGGACGGAAUCACCAUGUUACCGUGGGAGAACGAGGCUGAAGUAGAUGCAAUUGCCCUGGAAUUGGGGAUCUAUAAAGUGGGCGUGGUUUUCACGGAUUUGACCGACUCGGGCCAGAAAAAUGGUACCGUGUUAUGUAAAAGACACAAGGAUAGCUAUUUCUUGUCGAAUCUCGAGAUCUUGAUGGCUGCACGCAACCAGAUCCAGCAUGCCAACAUCACGAAGUUUUCAUCUAGUGGCCAAUUUUCUUCAAAGUUCGUUACAUGUGUCAUCAGCGGAGGGUUGAAUGGAGAAAUCGAGCCCCGUUCAUAUCAAGUUUCUACCAGUGCAGAAGCAUUGGUAAGAGCAGAUAUCAUUACUGGCUCCACGCAACCCUCUAGAUUGUAUGUUAAUUCCAGCAAUGAUAGGAGAUACGUUCCUGACGUAGCAUAUCUGGAGCUUAACGAGUAUGGACUCGAAGUCAAGUCUAACGCCAAGCCAACUUUCCCCGUAGACUUCUUGUUGGUGUCAUUGACGGAUUCGUUCCCUGUGAAUCCUACACCUAUGUUUGAUACCGACAGCAACUUUGUCAUUGAAAAUAGAGACUUCUUCAACGAACUCCAGAACCUCCAUGCUGUCAGCAAGUACUUGAACGCGGACACUAGUGGCAAGGGAACGAGUCUCUGUAACUUUCAUUUCUUGGUAUACUUGAAACGCACAAACAUUCUUGGGGCACAAGAGUUUGAUCUCUUGUUGCGGUUUGUCAGGGAAAGACAGUACGAAGAUUAUUUGCAUUUGGUGGAGAGUCCUGGCUGGAUGACGUUGAUCACGAUCUUGGAACAGAGCACGUAGAAAAGUUAUGGAUAGAGAAUGGAUUUAUUGACUGUACAUGUAGGGAAAGAGUAUGUAGAGAACUUACAAUGUUUGUCACAUAGCCUACAAGGUAUGAUACAUGAAUCUACAAUCAGAAGGUCUCCAGGAUCAAACUAGAAUACAAUCUCUAUAGGAUGGCAAUAUAUGAAUCUACAAG